CUCCCAUGUUAACUCGUGCUCUCCACACCGGUAGACUAAAGGGACGGCAUGCAGUAGCAUCAAGCGUGCUCCGUCAUUUUCAGGCCAGUUAAAUAACGUGCAUCCAUCCCCCCUGUCGUACAACACAGCGCAGAAAUUUUUUGAUUGCGAGAUUCUGCGACCGUGGAGGACAAUCUUCCGUCCUCUGCUCUGAUAAUUUCCCGUCUCUUAUCUCGCCGCAUUUCCUUUCCACUUUCUCUCCACAAAUCUUAAAGGUGUUGCGAGGUUUUUGAUUCUUAGAAUAUUCAUCGUCUUCCAGAGACCUUGAAGCCUUUUGCAAUCAUGGCAGACACUACGGUAAAGGGCGCCCAUGUGCAAAACGAAGAGCAGCUUGUCACGUCGACGGGGUUUCAUCAGCUAGAGCUAGAAGGCAGUGGCAAAGAUGCCAUCGAACAUGGCACGGGCUUUGAUCAGGAUGAUAUGACGCGCAUGGGAAAAGCGCAAGAGUUCAAGAGAAAUCUCCGACCAUUAGCUGCUCUGAGUUUCGCUUCAGUCCUUCAAGCUACUUGGGAGUUCAUCUUGAUAUCGAAUUACGAAGGCCUUCUUGACGGCGGACUUGCGGGUCUGUUUUGGACAUAUGUUUGGACUUUUGUCGGAUUUGGAUUUAUUAUUGUCUCGCUAUCCGAGAUGGCAUCGAUGGCACCUACGUCUGGCGGACAAUACCACUGGGUGUCGGAGUUUGCGUCGCCGCGGUAUCAGAAGUUCCUCAGUUAUAUCACAGGGUGGAUGUCGGUCCUCGCUUGGCAAGCUGGUGCUGCCUCGGGCUCUUUCCUGACUGGAACCAUCAUCCAGGGUCUCAUCAGUGUGCGUAACCCGGACUACGAGCCUCAAAGGUGGCAAGGUACUCUGUUCGUGUUUGCCAUGAUUGCCAUAAUCUACUUCUUCAACGUCUACGCAGCCAGCUGGAUGCCUCGUAUCCAGAACCUACUCCUUGCACUACACGUUCUCUGUUGGGUCGUAGUCAUCGUCGUCCUCUGGGCCAUGGCGCCUCGCCAGCCCGCAACGGCCGUCUUCACUGAAUUCAGCACCCUAGGGGGUUGGAACAACGUUGGUCUAGCCUUGAUGAUCGGUCAAAUCUCCGCCAUCUACGGGUCGCUCAGCUCUGACGCAACGGCACACAUGUCCGAGGAAGUGCGCGAUGCCGGCCGCUACGUCCCCAUCGCCAUCGCCUGGGGCUACUUCAGCAACGGCCUCAUGGCCCUAGUGCUCAUCAUCACCCUCUUGUUCGCCAUGCCAUCUGUGCAGGCCGCGCUAGACGACCCAACAGGCUUCCCCUUCAUCUACGUCUUCGCGCAAGCCGUCCCCCAGGCCGGCGUAAACGGACUCACAGCCAUCAUCCUCAUCCCCGUCAUCUUCAGCAACAUCCUCUUCAACGCGUCCACGGCGCGCCAGACCUACGCCUUCGCGCGCGACAAAGGCCUCCCCUUCUCCAACUGGAUCUGCACCGUCAACACCCGUCGCAAGCUCCCCGUGAACGCAAUCGGCCUAUCCUGCGUCAUCUCCGGCCUCCUCUCGCUCAUCAACAUCGGGUCCGAGACAGCCUUCAACGCCAUCAUCUCCCUCAACGUCGCGGCGCUCAUGUGGACCUACGCCGUCUCCAUCACGUGCGUCAUGUGGCGCAAGAUCUUCCACCCCGAGACACUCCCCUCGCGACGCUGGAGUCUAGGUCGGCACGGCGUGUGGAUCAACUUCGUGGCGCUCUUGUAUACGCUUUUCGCGCUGUUCUGGUCCUUCUGGCCGACGGAGGUUCCAGUGACGUUGGACAAUUUUAAUUGGAGUGUUGUGUUGUUCGGAGGGGUUUUUAUUAUCAGUUUGGUGAUGUAUGUUGCCGUUGGGAGGAGGGUGUAUGAGGGGCCGGUUGUGGAUGUGAAAAGGGCUGAGUUGGGGGAUUCAGCUGAGGGGGUGAACGAGACGGAUUUGAGAGAUGGGGAGAAGAGUUAAGAUGAAAAUAUGUAUAGAAGGGCUUAAACCCGCUUAGAUCAAAAUCG